AGGUCCAGAUCCUGCCAUCAUUCGAGUUCGGUUCCAUUUCUCCCUCUGUCUCUCUUUCUCUCUCGCUCGCUCUCGUUUUCGAAUUUGCCCGAGGUCUGUCGCGAUGCCUGCCAUCGGGAAGGCUCCGAAGCCGGCCGAGGAGAAGAGGCCCCGAGCCCCGAAGGUCGCGAAGGAGAAAAAGGCCAAGGUCUCCAAGCCUACUUCCCCGUCCCAUCCCCCUUAUUUCCAGAUGAUCAAAGAAGCGCUUUUGGCAUUGAACGAGAAGACUGGGUCGAGCCCCUACGCUAUCGCCAAGUUCAUGGAGGAGAAGCACAAGGGGGUCCUCCCGGCGAACUACAAGAAGAUGCUGGCGAUCCAGUUGAAGAACUUCGCCGGCAAGGGGAAGCUCGUGAAGGUCAAGGCCUCGUUCAAGCUGUCCGAGGCCGCGAAGAAGGAUGAAAAGCCGGCGAAGAAGGAGAAGAAGCCGGCCAAGGCGCAGAAGCCCAAGGAGGCGUCUUCUGGUGCUACCAAGCGCAAUGCUCCGUCCGCUGUUGCUGCAGCGAAGAGGAAGAAGCCUGCGGCCUCUUCCAAGGCUCCCAAGUCCCCCAAGAAGGUAGCAGGAGUUAAGAAGCCAAAGAAGGCGGCUCCGGCGAAGCCCAAGCAACCCAAAUCCAUUAAAUCCCCUGCUGCGAAGAAGUCUAGGAAGACCGCUGCCUGAUGCUUCUAGUUUUUGAUAUAUUGUAAAAAUUUUGGACUUAAUUCUUCUGCUGUCGGUCUCUGUAAAUCUCGCCUGCUAUAUAUCUUUUCCCUUAUGAAUGAAAUAUAAGCAGUGCUUCCCUCCUCUCCUA